AUACCCCCUCCUCUGCCACCCCAGUUUUUCUAUUUCUCCUCCAUCCACGCGCCGCCGUAGGCAUGGACGCAAAAUGCACCCAACCACCCUCCUCCGCCCUGAAACUCCGACGAACCACCAGCGCCGAUGGUAGUGGAACCGGAACCAUCAUACUCGGCAAGUAUCAACUUGGCCGUCUUUUAGGCCGUGGUAGCUUCGCUAAAGUCUACCACGGCCGUUGUUUAAACAAUAAUAGUAACAUCGCCAUUAAAGUUAUUGACAAAACCUCCAUUUCGGAUCCUUCAAUGGAGCCUCGGAUCAUCCGCGAAGUCUCCGUUAUGACACGUGUCAAUGAUCAUCCCAACAUCAUCCAACUCGACGAAGUUUUGGCUACAAAAACCAAAAUCUACUUAAUCAUGGAGAUCGCCACAGGCGGCGAUCUCUAUGCUAAGCUGAACCGUCGCGGUCGGUUCUCUGACUCGACCGCGCGGUUUUAUUUUCAUCAGUUGGUCUCAGCCCUCCACUUUUGUCAUCAAAAUGGCGUGACUCACCGCGACAUCAAGCUUCAAAACCUUCUCCUCGACCAAAACAACAACCUCAAAAUCUCCGAUUUCGGGCUCUCCGCCUUGCCCGAACAAUUAAACAAUGGCCUCCUUCAUACGGCUUGUGGAACUCCAGCUUAUACGGCACCAGAGGUAGCUUAUAGAAAAGGAUACGAUGGCGCAAAGGCGGAUUCGUGGUCUUGUGGGGUUAUUUUAUUUGCAUUUCUCUCUGGAUUCCUACCAUUUGAUGAUAGCAAUAUAUCAAACAUGUACCGUGCAAUACACCGUCGCGUAUUUAAGUUUCCUGAUUGGGUUUCAAAACCAGCUCGGAAUAUAAUAAAGCGACUACUUGAUCCUAACCCAAGUACCAGGUUAAGUAUUGAGGAAUUAAUGAAUCUUUCGUGGUUCAAGAAAUCCGGGCUGAAACAAGGAGAAUCCAAUCGUCAGCAGAAAUUCGAUGAAUGUAUGUAUGAAAAAGAGUGUAAAAACUUGGGCAGGGUUAAUGCGUUUGAUAUAAUAUCAAUGUCAUCUGGGUUGGAUUUAUCGGGUUUAUUUGAAGUUGGAAUGAGUAAUAAAAAGAUGAGGUUUACGACGAGAGCAAAAAUUGGGGAAGUUGAAGAGAAAUUGAUGAAAAUUGGAAAAGAAAGAGGGUAUAAAGUGGAAAGAGGGAAAGGUGGGGGAAUUGAAUUGGUUAAAGGGAGAGUUGUUUUAAUGGUGGAAAUUUGGGAGGUGGCAAUGGAGUUGUUGCUGGUUGAGAUUAAGGUUGUUAAUGGUGGAUUGGAAUUUGAGGAUUUUCAAUGGGAGGAAUUAAAAGUUCGGUUGCAGGAUAUAGUAGUUUCAUGGUACACUAAUGGAUCCGUUGCGGCGGAUGCCGGAGGCGGAGUUGUACAUUGAUAGCCAUCUCUAGUACUUUUAAAUGUUUAGGCACAUUGCUAGUAAUAGCAACUUUGUUCUGCUUGAGAGUUAAAAAUCUUUUAUUUAGUCUUUGAAUAUGAUUUUGUAAAUGAAAAAUUCUCUUCUUGAGGUUGCACAAUGUUUUUCUCUA